AUGUACUCUGAUGGUCAAGGUUACGCGGCGACGACGCCGUCGUCGUCGAGGAAACACGCGAAUUUGUACGUGAAGAACAUCUCCGAACGCGUCGACGAGUUGACGCUUCGAAGGCUCUUCGAGGCGUGCGGGGAGGUGCAAUCGUGCUGCGUCAUUCGCGAUGUGUCGACGAAUAAGAGUCGAGGAUUUGGGUUCGUUAAGUUUGUCAGCACGGCGCGCGCUGAGGACGCGAUCGAGCGAUUCAACGGUAAGGAAUACGCGGGAAAGAUGCUCGAGGUGAAAUUCGCGAACACCGACGGCGAGAGCGACGGCGCGGGGGGCGCGGCAAACGCGCCGCCGAGUGAUAACGUCUACGUCAAAGGUCUGCCCCCUUCUUGGACGCACGAUGAUCUGAAGGCAUUUUUUACGCAUUUUGGGCACAUUGUUGAGUGCCGUUUGCUCCACGCAAACAGGAGCACGUCGAGCGGGGCGUUGAUUCGAUUUUUGCGCGAGUCCGAAGCCACGGCGGCGGUCACGCGCGCCAACGGGCGCUUGCUCGUCCCCAAUGGGCCGCCACUCGUCGUGCGCUACGCCGAGGCGCAAGGAAAAAAUAAUAAACACGACUUUGCCGCGCUUGCGGUGCUCGGUUCGUCCCCUUCGCAUAAAUUCGAUGCUCCUAUGCAAUCCCAUCAAAAGUUCGCGUCGGCGACUUCGAUGGCGCAAGGUGGCGCUACGAUGUGUAUCCAAAAUCUUCCACCCGCUGCGGAUGAAUUAUUCCUGUACAAAACAUUUGCUCCGUUCGGAGCUAUCAACUCCGUCCAAAUUGUCCGCGACGAUUGGACUGGUCUUUGUUCUGGCGUCGCUGUGAUAAACUUUCGAAGUUACUCCGACGCUUGCGACGCUCAAAGAGCGUCUCAAAACGGAAAGAGCAGGCUGAGCAUUUCUGUUCAGCUUCAGACGGCGAAUCUGGCGAACUUUUAA